AUGGGUAGUGCUGGCGAUGGUAGUGGUGUAACUGAUCGUGUCAUUAAUCAAAUUUUAACUGAAAUGGAUGGUAUAGAUGCAAAGAAGAAUGUUUUUAUUAUUGGUGCCACCAAUCGACCGGAUAUUAUCGAUUCAGCUAUUCUUCGACCAGGCAAAGAAAUAAAUCUCCAUAUCACUAGUCGUCUUGAUCAAUUAAUUUAUAUUCCAUUAUCGAAUGACGAAUCACGUAUGGCUAUUCUAAAAACUUCUUUAAGAAAAUCAUCUGUAGCUAAAGAUGUUAAUAUGGAUUACUUGACUAUUGUAACCGAAGGUUUUAGUGGUGCUGAUUUAACAAAAAUUUGUCAACGAGCUUGUAUAUUAGCUACAAGAGAAUCCAUUGAAAAAAAACAACAACGUAUCCGUUCAACAACAAUGGAUUCUGAUGAACCAGCCCCAGUACCAGAAAUUCGUCGUGAUCAUUUUGAUGAAGCUAUGAAAUUUGCUCGACGAUCAGUUAGUGAUAAAGAUAUAAGUGAAUAUGAAAUAUUUGCUACAAAAUUACAACGAGAUUUUCAAGGUUUUCCAACAGAAUAA